AUGCCCGGGUCCCCCAUGGAAGUGAAGAUUCAUUCAAGAUCCUCACCUCCCACCAUGGCACCUCUGCCACCAGUGAAUCCAUCUGGCCCAAGGCCUGUAUCGUUUCCACCCACCUCACUUUCAAAUGGCAUGAACCAUUCUCCUUCUUUACUGAAUGGAGCUCCAUCCCCUCCGCAGCGUUCCAGCAAUGGACCUUCCUCCUCAUCUUCAUCCUCUCUGGCUAAUCAGCAACUACCGGCUACCUGUGGGGUGAGACAGCUCAGCAAACUCAAGAGGUUCCUCACCACUCUGCAGCAGUUUGGCAAUGACAUCUCCCCUGAGAUUGGAGAGAAAGUCCGGACCCUUGUACUUGCUUUGGUGAACUCAACUAUAACCAUAGAAGAAUUUCAUUGCAAGCUCCAGGAAGCCACCAAUUUUCCUCUCCGACCCUUUGUCAUCCCAUUCCUCAAGGCCAACUUGCCGCUUCUCCAGAGGGAAUUACUGCACUGUGCUCGCACAGCCAAGCAGACUCCAUCUCAGUACUUGGCACAACAUGAACAUCUGCUUCUCAACACCAAUACAUCAUCCCCAUCUGAUUCCUCUGAGCUGCUCAUGGAGGUCAAUGGCAAUGGGAAACGACACAGCCCAGAAAGGAGAGAGGAUAACGUGUUUGAAAGGGAGCCUGUACCUCCUGAACCACCCAUGAAGAGGGUGUGCACUAUUAGCCCUGCUCCCCGUCACAGCCCGGCCCUGUCCUUGCCCAUCUUGAAUUCUUCUAACCAGUAUCACCCCACCCCACCUCCUCUACAACACUACACAUUGGAUGAUAUCCCAGGAUCACAGCUGUACAGGGAUCCACUGUGCAAGAUCGGGGAACACAGAGAAGUUAGAGAGCGCCAUCAUCCGGUGGGCGGGGUUAACGGCAAUUUGACCAAUGGCUACCAAGAAGAGCUCGUUGAUCACAGGCUGACUGAGAGAGAAUGGGCGGAGGAAUGGAAGACUCUAGACCAUGCCUUGAACUGUAUAAUGGAAAUGGUGGAAAAGACAAGGCGUUCUAUGGCAGCGUUACAUAGGUAUCAAGAAGCGGACAGGGAGGAGCUGAAUUACUGGAAGAGGCGGUACAACGAAUCCUCAGAGCUCCGGAAAGGAAGCGAGCACUCGAGUAGGCAGCACAGUCCAACCAGUACUGAAUCUGGUACCAAUGAUCUUCAGAGGGACUUUAGUAGCAGAAGGACAGGAGGAAGCUAUGUUACUGAUGAGAUCUGGAGGAAAGCAGAGGAGGCUGUAAAUGAGGUGAAGAGGCAAGCCAUGUCUGAAGUACAGAAGGCCGUAUCUGAGGCCGAACAGAAAGCAUUUGAGAUGAUUGCAUCAGAGAGGGCCAGGAUGGAACAGACUAUUGCAGAUGCAAAGAGGAGAGCAGCAGAGGACGCGUUCCUUGUAGUGAAUGAGCAGGAGGAAUCAACUGAGACUUGUUGGAACUGCGGUCGUAAAGCAAGUGAGACUUGCAGCGGAUGCAAUAUUGCUCGAUACUGUGGAUCGUUUUGUCAGCACAAAGACUGGGAGAAGCAUCACCGGAUCUGCGGACAGAGCCUACACGGUCCAGCUAAGGCCCUAACCCCGGUCCGCUCCCUACUGCCGAAACCAUCUGACCCUAUAUUGCUUAGCCCAGCAGUUGAACGGUCAUCCAGCACCACCUCUCGCUCUUCCACUCCUGCAUCUGUGACCGCUGUGGAAAGCUUGUGA